AUAUUAACGCAUGCGUAGUACACGUGGUCACAAUCGUAUGUUAGUAAUGCUUCAUUCACCGUUCGUUGAACGUAGGCUAGUUUCUGUGGAAUAUUCCAAAAAGAGAAAGAUACGAAUAUCAGAAAUUAAAAGGAAGGAGAGCACGUGGUAAACGAGAGUCUUAAUUCCGUUACGUAAGUGAAACUUUGAAAUGACGAAAUUCCGUCAUUUCCUACCCAUUUGCAGGCUUCACAUCGUAUGAACAGCUGAUUCUGAUCUAUAGUCCAGAUACAAUAGCACACUCGAAUUGUAAGAUCAUGUCUCAAAGAUCAGGUUCGAUAGAUAUACAAGAUCUGCAGGAUAUAUGGACACCCUUUGGUGAACAAUUGAGAGGAAUUUAUAAAAGGUCCUUUGCUUAUAUAACAAUUAAGGAUAGGUUGCCUGUAAUUUUAACUAAAAUAAUUGAUACACUAAGUCGUAACAAGGAAAGCAUUGCACAAAAGUAUGGAGAGAAUGCUACAGAAGAAAUUAAACAAAUAGUAGGAUUUAUUAGUAAAUUGAAGAAUCAAAUUACUACGAACAAAACUUUGAAACCUCUACGGUUACUAACAAAUGGGGAAGAUAAUGAUGCUGAGGAAUGGAAUAAAUAUCUUUUAAAAAGAACUGAAAUUGAAAAUGGUACACCAGUAUGGUUUAAUACCAUUUGGUUGUACUGUGAAUGUUAUAUGUAUCGAACCAUUGCACAAGAAUUUCUUCUCACAAAAUAUUUGCGUAAUUAUGAUUAUUUUGAGCAACAAAAGCAAAGUGCAUUUAUAAAUUCAAUGAUUAGUAUUUCAUCACUUGCUGAAUAUUUAAUAAAUCUUGUACAUAAAGCAGAUUCUUUAUCAAUAGUUGAAACUAAAGAGGAAAUUUUCCAACUUCUCAGACUAAAUCUCUGGGGCAACAAAUGUGAUUUAUCUCUAAGUGCAGGUGCUGAUGUUAAUCAAACCUGUAAUCCUAUAGCAGUAUUGAAAUCAUUGGAUGAAAACAUACUUGUAGAUAAUUCAGAAUCCAUUUGGAAUUUGCUAACAAAAAAGGAAACUAAUGAAUCUACUAUUAUAGAUGUGGUACUUGACAAUGCAGGCUAUGAACUUUUUACUGAUUUAUGUUUAUCUGUAUUUUUGAUUGCCGGUAAAUUUGCUGGAAAAAUAAGAUUUUAUGUAAAACGUUAUCCAUGGUAUAUCAGUGAUGCAACAACAAAUGACUUUUACUGGACGUUGGAUUACAUGAAAAAUUCGUCAAAUAAAAACCUGCAACAAUUAUCUAACUUGGCGUAUGAUUACUUGAAGAAUAAAUUAUGGACCAUUGAGGAGGAAUCAUUUUGGACAAGCCCUUAUGACUUUGCAGACAUGAAAGAACAUGAUCCAGUAUUGUAUGCAAAAUUGUCUGAAGCUAAAAUAGCAAUAUUUAAGGGCGAUUUAAAUUAUAGAAAAUUAGUAGGCGAAAUAAAUUGGGAGUACACAACAGAAUUUACUGAAGCAUUAAGAGGUUUUCAGCCAACAACUAUUUUAAGUUUUAGAACAGUAAAAUCAGAUGUUUGCGUCGGUUUACCACGUGGCGUAGCCGAAGAAUUAUUUAAAAAAGACGAAAGUUGGAUGUUCUCAGGAGAUUAUGGGCUUAUUCAAACAACCAUAGCUGGGACGUGUCCUUGUGAUAGAGUAUGUUAAAAUUCUAUGAAUUAAGAAAUAUUAAAAAUACUGAAUUGAUCAAUGUACAAAAUUACCUGUACAUACAUAGUCUAAUAUUUUGUAGAUACAAUCAUAUUUGAAUUGUUUACAUUUCAACUGUCUUAAUUGUUCAAAUACUUAUAUGUACAGAGUGUGUGUAAGGAUUUGUAUUUGAAUUACAUGUCAUGUCAUAUCAUUACAUGGCAUGUAAUUCAAAGUGUGAAAGUAAUCAUGAAAAGUUGCUUUUAUAUUUAAGAGUUUGGUGAUAUUUUUUUUAAUAUUUCUUACAAAUUUCUAUGUAUAUACAUUUUGUAUUUUUGAACAAUAGUAUAUGUGGUAUCUUCAUACUGUAAACUAUUCUUCCAAAAUAUAUAAUUUAAAUAUAUGCAUAUACAUAUACAAUACUGUACAAAGAUAUACAAGAAUGUGAAAUAAAAUUUUACAAGUUCUAUGCUAAAAAUAUAUCUCAUUUAGAUCACAUCUCAUAAACUAGCAAAUACUUUUAAUUAUU